AUGCCAAUGUCCAUGUCGUCCGCAAAGAUAGCGAUCGUUCCAGGAGAGCUGUAUGUGGUGUCAUCUGGAUACAGGGAAGUGGACAUGGCAACGCUGAGCCGCUGUAAUCAUACGAUCAUGAGUACAGGUACAUACUCCUGGUGGACUGCAUAUCUGGCCAAUGGUAGCACAAUCUACUACAGUAAUUGGCCGAAACCUGGUACAGUGCUAGACGAAAUGGUUCAAAAAAGCGACUAUUUCCUCGACAGCUGGAUCUCUAUGCUGUGA